AUGUCUGAUGCCCCCAGACCAGCUCUCAAGCUCAAGUUUGGGAAAAAGGCCGCCGAGCCUCCCCCAGCAGCUGAACCCGAGCCGACGCCGGCGCCCUCCGAAACUCCUCAGCGAAAGCUCACCUUGAAGAUUGCUCGCAAACCGUCACAGCCAGAAACACCCGAGGAGAAACCGAAAAAGAAGAAGCCAACAAAAAAACGACCAGCCGAGAAUGUCGCGCAGCCGGAACCCGCACCGGCCCAGCAAGGCCCGAAGCGACUCAAGCUGAAUCCAUCGAAGAAACCGGGGCUACAAUCCAUUCGCAUCAAGAACAAGGGGCUGGUCCCCAACCGACCGGUGGGAGUGGGCUACGACUCUGAGGCAUCGGACACCGAGAUCGACCCGGCUAUUGAGGAACAGUUUAUCCUACGAAUGCUUCCUGGAGAGGACUGCGAGUAUCUACGGCAGGCGAUUAACGAGAGGCGAUUUGACAAGUCCGAGUUUUCUUUCAAACCGCUGACUCGCGAGGGGCGACGCGCAAUUUUGAAGGUUCGCGACAAACAAUACGCCGCGUCUUUGGUGGACCUGCCCUGUAUCAUCGAAGGCAUGAAGAGUUGGGAUCGCCGAGGAUGGUACAAAUCUGCAGAUAUUUGCCAGAUGCUGCUGGUUCUGGGACCUGUUGCGAGCGACCAAGAAGCCUUAUCCUACCCACUUCCGCCGGAAGUCCAGCUUCUCGAUGAUAAAACGCUACAGUAUCCGCAUGGCCUUGCACCGCCAUUAAAGUGGGUGCGAAAGCGGCGAUUCCGUGAUCGUGUCAGUACGCGCACUAUCGAGCAAGUCGAGAAAGCCGUGGAGGAUUUGAUUGCCCAGGACGAAGCCUCGAUCUUUCCCCCGCGGUAUGAGUUGGUGGACACCGCCUCGCUGAAUCGUUCCGAGGGACUCUUACAAGGUGGAGACUACGAGGACUACGAUGAAGAGCAGGAUGCAGAGGGCGAGGCAGAUGAAGAUAUGAUGGACGACUUAGAAGAUACCCUUGCGGCCGAAAUGGAGGCCGCACUGGCUGCUGGAGAUGACGAGGCCGCUCCCGUGGCAGAAGCCGACCAGGGACAACCACCUACACCAGCGGAGGGAGUUGCUGGGGAUGCUGAAUCCUCUGGCGAUGAGAGCGACAUGUCUGCAGAGGGUGGUAACGAAGCGGAAGAUGACCUGGACGACGAACAGCUCGAGCAGCAACGCCAGCUCCAGCAGCAGCGUGAAGAGGUUACCGAGUUGGAAACCCUCAUCCGCACCGAGACCGCGACAUGGGAGAAGGUGCAAAACCAUAUUCUCCGCAAUAAAAUGGGACGACGCAUCCAGGAGCUGAAGAAGGACCUGGCGCUGAAAAAGGUCUCAAUCGGAAUGCCGGAUGACAACGACAUCUGA